CAUUUCCACGGUAAUGUCCGGAUGGGAGGCGAUCGGGGAGAGAAUAAUGUCGCUGUGGGAGGAGACGGUUUCGGGCUUGUUUGUAGUUGGUUGCGUGCGUCACGUCGGGAGUUGGAGAGCAGGGACGUGGUCUGAAUGGCCGGUUCCUCGGUCACUGGAAGAAGUUCGCAUGCACCGAACGGCAGAACCAGGCAUGGCUGGAAAGCCAUUCCGGGCCACCUUCAUCUGGAGCAGCAUCAUCUCCAACCUGCAGACCCGCGUGGAGGUCAAGCGCCGGCGCCACAACCUCAAGCCCUACCACGACUGCUUCCUGGGCUCGGAGGCGGUGGACGUGGUGCUCACGCACAUCACCAUGAACCGUUUCUUUGGCGACGAGGCGGUGCCCCGCAUCAAGGCCGUCCGUCUCUGUCAGGCCCUGAUGGACUCCAGGGUGUUCGAGCCCGUCGGCGUCAAAGUGUUUUACAAGGAAAAGAAGCCCGCCACCUUCGAGGACAGUAGUUGCAGCCUGUACAGGUUCCUGAGCACGACCGCCGGCUCUUCAUCGUCGCUGGCCAACGGCAACUCCUCUAGCACCAUCGAGAGCGGCCUGGACGCGCCGAACAGGAACAAGAACGACUUCAGUUCGUCACAUGAAAGACAAGGCGUGCUGAGCUACUCCAACCAUUCCCCUGUGAAAACAGACAAAUCCCUGGAGGACGUGCUAGGAAACCUCAACCUGAGCUCCUCCAUCACCCCUCAAAUGAUCAACCUUGGCCUCUCCCAAGAGCUUGUGGAUGAGGUGUGGCACCAGCAGGCUGUGUUCAGACUGUUGCAGCUCAUAGAGCUCCCCCUGUUGGAGAAGCUGUUAGAGGGUAGAGACGCGUCGCGGCCCCCCCUUCAUGGCAUGGACAGUGACCCGGACCUGUUGUAUACAUCGAGCUACUUAGACCGGGAGGUCCUCAAGGCCUUCAGUGAAGCACAGGCUGACGAGUGGAUGUCCGGAGCGGUGGACUGUCUGGAGUUUCUGCCUGACGAACGGGUUGUGGAGGUCAGCCGAGGUUUGGCAGGAUGCGCCGACGACCUCCCCCGGUGUAAGAGUCUGCUCUACGACAUCCUGGCACAGCACUACGGAAACACCCAACAGCCACCUCUGCUCGGCAAUCACAUCUUCGACAUCCACACUGGCAUCUCGGAGCUACUCGUGAACGGCAAGCAAGCGCAAGCUUUAGAGUCCCUGCAGCUGAGCCUAAAGCUGCAGGACUCUCGCAGCAGGGAGGAGCUACGCAGGCUGCUGAGAUUCAUGGCCGCUGCAGCCAAACCACAGGAGGUCAAGCUGCACAAAGAGAUCGAGAACCGAAUGGCGGUGAAACGGUCUUUCUCGAGCGCCAUCGUCUACAGCAGACGACUCUCUAAAGGAAAGGUGGACCUGAUGGUUCUGUUCAUGAUGGAUAACCAUGGCGAUCUCUUCAAAAUACCGGUUUCAUUGCACAAGAUGGUCAGCGACAGAAUAAUGAAUAUUGUGAAAGGGAAGGAUCCAGAUGUGAUAACAGGCUCAACGUACUGCUCCAGAGUGAGCUCCAAGGCAUACUCAGAAAAUGCAGAACAAACCACUAAAGAGGAACUUUGGUCUUUACUCCGGAGCGUCCAUGAGAACCCAAAACUCUCAAACAAAGAGAAGAGACGGCUUCUGGGACAGUUUUAUAGAGGCCACCCAGAGCUUUUUGUUCAAUACUUUGGAAAUAGGUUGUCCAGUAUCAAUGUGUUGCUAAAGUGAUGCUCAUCAGUGUGAAAAUGCAUGUAUGAUAAUGUAAAGAUUCGUAGAUGUAAAAACAGAUGUGCCGUGUAGAACGUGGAUUAUCUCUGCUUGUAUGUAAAUAGUUUUGACUACUGAAAACAAAUGUGAAUUUAACCGUGGAUCGUUAGGUCUUUUCUGUGGUGCGGGACACUAACAAGAAAUGUCUGCGUCUGUUGUAAUGUGUAUGAGACUGUUACUUUCCCAGCAUGACGAAAUGAACCAAGUAUUCCUGGGAGGUUUUUUUUUUUUUUGGAAUGUUUUCUCACUGCAACGUGUCUUAGUAUGAAUGUGCAUUUAUUUCAUUGGAUGUAUUAUUUGUGCUUGAGCAAUGGAAACUUUGUCAGCAUAAAUGUGUCUGUUCGUGCGGUUUGUCGUGUACGAUGCCACGCACACCAGAGCAAUGUCUUGAUGACUUGCUGUUAGUCAGAGGCAUUCAUGAGAAUUUGUCCUCUGGGUUUUUCCCUUUGUUGCAACUUUUCACCAAAACAGAUGUAAUUUAUGCUUUUUUUUUAACUUUAAAGUUUAAACAUAGCCACGUUCUAGUGGUUCUGUUUCAUAUAUGUUUAAUAUAUUCCGUCUAAUCAGCCAAGGAAAUCCCUUUCAGAUUUACAGGUGACAAAAGCAUUAAGAUUUAACCACUCACAUCUUGUUCUUAUUUUGGGCAAAUCUUAAUAAAACUUAUCUGGAAAUGUUAAACAUUCA